CACUCCUCUCCACUCCAAUAUUCAUCUGUCCAAGUAAUCAAGACCUCACUAGCUCAUUCUCAUAAAAGUUCUUGUCUCGAGUCCAAGUCAUUGACCCGCCCUCGCAGCUGUCGUCAGAGGAAGUCACACUAAGGUCUACAUCAGCACCCUUGGCCACUCCACUCCAGUUUUCAUUCUGUCACAUUCUCCAAGCCCUCGCUGGAUCGCCUUCACGGCACAUGGUGGGUGUCGACAGCGUGCGCAUUGCCUUCGAGCACCGCCUGCAGCAGGCGUCUGCUACGAGCCAAGAGCCUAGGGCCGCGCUCAUGGAGAAGGAAACCAUGCUCAAGGUUUCGGUCGCAGAAGCCCAAUCUGAACCGACUCAGUGUCGAAGUGACUUAGCUAUUGUCAAAGACGCGUGGAACGCAAUAGUGAGCAUGUUCAUACUGUGGUGUUGAUAGAUUGGGCUGGAAGGCAGAUGUCAUCUGGUAGAAGAAUUCUAGCAAUGUAAGAUACAUGGAGGGACGUGGAUAUUUUCAAGGAAAGC